AGGUGUGUGGGUUUUCAAAUUUCAAAUGUAAAUCUUUUCUCAGUUCUCUAUUCAACUCAGACUCUUCUGAUCCAAUGAAACCCCCUUACCCGUUCCCCAAAUUGAUGGCGUCGACAAUAAAGAGCUGAAAGCGCAGAUUGAGAGCUACUUCAAGGGUGAUGGGCACGUGCUCCCGUCGAUCAUGGAGGCGACUCUGAAGUGGAAGUUGUCGGGGAAGCUCGAGGGCACCAAUGACAAGCUCAUGGAGGAGCUCCGCAUGUGCCCCCUGGACGAUGUCGACGAUUGGGACUUCGAGGACAUUAACUAUAAUGAUGAGGAGAUCAACGAUUUGUACAACGCUGACAGAGACAUUCCAGGCAUCGACUCUGAUGUCUUUUCUGCCUCCUCAGGAAAACCCCAACUUUGUCAAUCCCCAACUUCUCUUUCCUCUUCUUUAUAGCUCUCAGCAGAUACCUAUCCCACCACUAUGUUCUUCGUCAAAAAGGAGUAGAGCUGUAGAGUUCCAUAAUUUGUAUGAAAAGAGAAGGAGGAGUAGGAUUAAGGAGAAAAUGAAAGCCUUGCAGAAUUUAAUUCCAAAUUCCAACAAGACAAACAAAGCUUUAAUGCUAGAUGAGGCCAUAGAAUAUUUAAAGCAACUCCAACUUCAAGAGCAAGGAUUUAUAGCCACAUUAUACUAUGUAGAGGAAUGUGAAAUUCUUACUCAGAACGAAUGACGUCGUGGCACUAACCAUGGAGGAGGACCCAUGCAAAGGAUCACAAAGGAAGUGUUGUAAGGUUUACUGUAGUGGUGGUUCUAGUUCCAGUUUGUGUUCAUGUUCAUGUUUUUCUCUUUGGGAUGCGAUGAUCAAUUUUCUUAUGAUGGCAGUUAAAGUGUGAUGGAAUUUUACAGUUAAAGAGCCUAUAAAGUUUAAUGAAUUUGGUGAAAGCAUUAAACUCAAUCUUUUUUUUUCAUGGCAAACAUUAUUUUACUAUACUUUGCUUCAUUCACAUGAUGCUACUUUUUUUGGUCAAUUAAAUGAAAAGGGUGGAUAACAUUUGAUCCUUAUGAAUCAAGAUAUAAUUGAAAGUGGUGCCUAGAAUUUAUCUAAAAAUAUUUUAACUGAUAUCAUUCACAUGAUGCUAUUUCAUUUUUCAAUUAAAUGAAAGAGGUGGGUAACAUUUGUAAUGAAUGUCUUUGGUUAGGUUGGGUGUUAAGCUCGAAACGGAUUUGCAUCAGGUGAAAGGAUGGAUUUGGAUUUAUUUGACAAUGACAUCAAUUUCUUGAAUUGUUGUGGUUCUGAGUGUAUUCUUGAAUUGUUUUGCUUCAUUGUGUUAACUGUUAAGAAGCAAGAAUUGAUAGAAUAAAAAUUGAAAGAUGUUGAUGUUGCUAUAUUAGCUAUUUGUGUAGCUUUGGCAAAGGGUAUGAACAAGGAUGACCUUGCUCGAAUGGUAAAGGAAGAAAAAAAAAAGUUGGAAAUCAUAUGGCUGGUCUCAUUGCUAAGCUCCAUCUUCAUAGGAAUUGCAUGACUUUAGUGUGGAUGUUGCUAUAUUAGUUGUUUGUGUAGCUUAUUGCCAAGCUAGACUUUUUUUUGUUACAUAUGUUAGUUACUGUAACAUUAAAAAAUACAACACUAUCAUUACACAGUACACAAAUUCACCAAAACAAUCAAAGUGUGUUGCUAGGUGCACCCAGCAUUUUUGCUGGUGCAUCCAGCAAUUCAUGUAAAAAGACUUAUGUACCCCUAGCUUAAUUUUUAAAAAACAAAACAAUUCAGUAUCUCUCCCUCCAUCCCUCCCUCCCGUGUUGGCCUUCUUCUUCCUCCUCACCCCUCACCAUUUUUUCUUCUUCUUCCUGACCCCUUACCUCACCUCACUCGCGUUCUUCUUCCUUUCACUCUACCCUGGUCUCAAAAAAGCUUCACCCACCAUCGUCAUCCUCCACGCCGUGUUUGUUCCCCCCGUGAGUGUCGUCUUCUUCCUCCGUGUCGGGAGUCCGUGUUCUGCAACCGCGCCGCCAUUGAUGUUGAGUAGCCCAGGAAAAUUGAGGGUGGUGUUCUCCCUCCGCGCGUCGGCAUUGUUGAGCUUACUCAUCAAGGUUCUUUCUUUCUUACAAGGUGUUUGUUUGAACUUUGAAUUAUCAUGGUUAGGACCCGAGGAUUAGGUUGUGCCUUAGGUCACGAUAUUGGCAAAGGUGUGGGCAGAGGAGAUUGUGAUGAUUCUGAUGAUGCUCUAUAACGUCGAUGGCCUACGGCAUCCACACGCAGACAACGAGUACCUGUCACUAUUGCAGACGAUGAGCCAGUGGUCCCUACGACAGAGGCUGAUGGAGCUUCGGUUGAGGCUGACGUAUAUGCGGAUGAGCCGAUGGCAGGAGGUGAUGUAUAGGACACUGGGGCAGCCACUCCUGCAGACACAGGCACACAGGCUAUUGAGGAUGAGCUUGAGGGAUUUCUGGGUGGUCCAAGGGACCCAUCUGUGCUUACCGAGUAUGCGGAUCACGUUGUAGGCAGCGUAUGGACGGGAGAUGUAUUUAUAAUAUUGAAUUUUAGUUAGUUGUUAAUUAUACUUUAUAAUUGAAAUUUUUUUUUCUUUAAAAGAUGAUGUUAACAAAUUGUGUGUUCCUUUAUACUUCAAUUCAGGAGCAUCCUGAGCUGAAGUUAUCCUCUCACGGGAGGAAGGUGCAUAGUUUAGGCAGGCAUGUCCCUGCCAUUGAGGGACUAGUUGCUGGAACAGGACUAAGUCCUCUGAUCGCAUGUUCGAUAGACACUGGCGAAUGGGGACUUUUGUCGUCAUUUGUCGAGCGGUGGCACCGGGAGACUUCUAGUUUCCAUCUCCCUAUGGGAGAGGUAACGAUCACGCUGGACGACGUCGCGUCUCUUCUGCAUCUGCCCGUGGUUGGCGACUUGCAUGCCUUUCAGCCCGUGCAUGUGGAUGAUGUUGUACAGAUGCUGGUGGAGUUAUUGAUGGUCACUGCAGAGGCUGCCAGGGCUGAGACAGCGCAGUGUCGUGGACCGUACGUACACCUGCAAUAGGUAUGUGAUAUCUAUGAGCGCCGAUGCCAGGCAGGACAUUGGACAGUUGCGGCUCGCGCAUUUCUUCUUCAUCUUCUGGGUUGCACUCUUUUCGCUAACAAGAGUGCAACCAAUGUUCAUGUUGUGUUUUUGGAGGCCCUUCGUGACCUCAGUCAAACUAGGAGUUACGCAUGGGGAGUAACUACGCUGGUGCAUAUGUACGACCACCUGAAUGAUGCUUCUAUCAGCACUAGUCGACAGCUUGGUGGUUACAUCACACUGUUGCAGUGCAGGAUAUACGAGCACUUUCCCUCAGUCACGGAGUCCACUACUGAUCCGGACUACGACGAGGAUUCACUGUGCGCCUGUAGGUGGAUUGCUACGAAGAAGACCGUGAAGAGCAUACGUACACCAACGUACAGGGAGCGCCUGGACCGACUCCGGAUUCCAAAUGUCUGUUGGAUCCCAUAUGGGGAGCACCGACCGGUCCGAGACUUCCAUAUGAUUUCAUGUUAUUCCGGUCUACUGCGUUGGGGGCCCGUUGUUGUGUAUUACCGACUAGAGAGGGUCAUGCAGCAGUUUGGAUACACCCAGACCAUUCCUGCUCCACCUGCCAAUUCAUGGGUGUCGUUUGAUGAUAUACACGAUAGGUGGAUGCACUAUUCAGACCAUAUGGCUGCAACAGGUGACAAUUGCGUUGUGCCAGGGCAAUGUGCCAGUGACUACAUGGACUGGUUCUUCUGCAUUUUGCAUUCGUUCAUGACACCGGGCCAGCCUUCAGAUCCUCGGGCAGAUGGUCAUGCUACGCAGCCUAGAGUUGCCACUCAGGAUCUAGACACAGAUAUCCGUCCGGUCAUGGAGCCAGCAACACCGUCGACAUCUGCAAGGUCCGAUGUGGCCGAGCCGAGACAUGCAGUGGAAGCUUGCCAUGCGAUUGCGGAGAGGUUGGAGAGCCAUCUCAACCUAGGGGUGGUCACGCCAGGCACAUCGACACAUGAGCUGAUCGAAGAAUGCCUUAGGAUUGCCAGGAGUGUCACACAAGACGAGCUAGUAUAUGUUAGUUCCCGAUGCAGGCAGCGCACAGAUCAGUCGUAGUUUAUUUGCACAUUUUAUAUUGAAAUUUGAUGUAUAUGUUAGGAUUGCCUAAUCUAACUUAAUGGAUGAUAUUAGGAUUGUGAUCAACUCGCUGCCUAUUAAAUAAUUUUUUGAA